CAGUGACAAGCGUUUUUUGUAUACAAUCAACAAGAAGCCAGUAUGGCUGACACAAAGAACAAUCACCUGCCUCUUGAGGCCCGUCCAAUGAAGAAUACCAUAUGCCUCUUUGAUCUUGAUGGUACUUUGUUCCCAGAAAAACAGGUUGCCUCGCAAGAAAUGCACUCACUCCUCGGCCUGCUUCGCCAGAAAUGUGCUAUCGGCUACCAGCAGCAACUCAGCACUCCGUCAACCCCAGUGGUCACCCUCUUCGAUUUCUGCUUCCCCGAAAAUGGUGUCACGGCUUUUAGAAUGGGCACCCCUCUCCCAGGGACCACAUUCAUUGGGCAGGUGGGCGAGAUGAGGUAUAAAGAGCUAGUCAACUGGGUGCUGCGAUACAUCGCGGACCUGGAUAUUCCGAUCAAGCGAGGCACCUUUGUUGAGUUUCGGAAGGGUAACGUGAAUAUCUCACCCAUCGGGCAAGGGGCAAAUUAUGCAUUGGAGAGACAAUUCUCAAACCUGGGCUUGAGGUAUGCAAUGGGAGGUAAAACUUGUUUCGACGCCUUUCCCGUCGGCUGGGACAAGACGUAUUGUCUGAGGCAUGUAGAGGCCGAAGAGGAGAGAAGUGGAGUGGCUUACGAUGAAAUCCAUUUCUUUGGGGAUAAGAUUUACGAAGGGGGAAAUGAUUUCGAGCUCUACAUGGAUCAAAGAACAAUUGGGCAUGUAGUAAAUGGCCCCGAAGAUACAAUACGACAGGUAUAUAGUAGCAUCUACGAUACACCUGCAGGAACUUAA